AUGGCUCCAGAAGUUAUUCUGUGCGAAACUAUUAAAGACAGUCCUUAUGAUUAUAAGGCAGACAUCUGGUCAUUUGGUGUGACUUUGAUAGAGUUUGCACAGAUCGAGCCGCCCAACCAUGAAAUGCAUCCGAUGAGACACCCAUUCAUUAGAGAUGUGACGGGAAGUAAGGGCAUUGAAGACCUGCUGAGUGAAAUGAACGCUGAGAUUACCUUUGAGGAAAAGGACAUUGAAGAGGACGACACGCCCUCCCCGACAUCUUCCAGUAAAGAGAUAACGGCCGUGACUUCAUCAUCACCGUCAUCAUCUUCAUCGUCAACGUCACUCGUUACGUCAUCAACAGCAACUGCUGCCAGUGCAGCUACUACAACUACUGCUACUGCUUCUACUACAUCGUCAUUAGCAUCCACUUCUAACAAACAACAACAUAAAAACGAUGAAAGUGAUGAUCUAAGUAAUCUACUUAGAGAUAAAAGUAAGAAGCAUCAACCUUCGUCUUUGGCAGCCAGCCACGCCACUACCACCACUAUUUCUGCUGCUGCUAAAGCUACUACUUCUACUACUGCAAAUACAUCUACUAAAAUUGCUAAUACUACAGCUGGUGAAGAUGAUGAUAGCAAGUGCGUCUCCCCUGAUGUCAAAUCAACUGAAGCUGAAUUGAAGAAAAAGAAAUACAGAUCCCUAACUAAAACAAGAAAGUACAUGGUGAAUGGGGAGGUCGUGACCUCUAAAGUUCAAAAGGUCAUCAGCUGUGAGGAUGGGGAUGAGAUGCUGAGAGAGCACAAGAUGUGGAAAGCCAACUUGAGAGAAUUGAAACUAUUGCACCGAAUUGAGAACAGGCAGUUGCAAGACCUCGAGUUGAAGGCACAACAAUCCCUUGAUGAGCAGAAUAAGAAGUUUGAACUAGAUGAACAAACCUUGAAGAACAACUAUGACCUACAAUCUGACUACCUGACAAAGCAGCACAAACAGCAGAUGGAUAAGUUGAACAACUCACAUGCUAAUGAGAAGAAAAAUCUUCUCAGAAAGUUAAAAUCUGAUCAAGAAAAAGAUUAUAAAUCGUUCUUAGAGGGUUUGAAGCAAGACAUGAAAUAUCUGAAACAGGAAGUGGACCUGCUGCCAAAGGAUCAAAGGAAGGAUGUCUUUCAUUCCAGGAAACUCGAAAAAGAGGCGGAGCAACUUGAAAAGCAAAAGAACUUUCAAGAAGAGCAGAGGAGGCAGAUGGAGAGAUCAGUACAGAAGUUGGAGUCACAGCAGGCCGAGCAGUAUGCCCUCUCUGAAAAGCAGUAUCUCCAACAGAAACAACAAAUCUUCAGAGCACGAGAGACCGCCCACAUGGACCUGGAAGAACGACACAUGUCAGAGAGGCACCAGCUGAAUGAGCAGCUGCUGAAGAACAAAUUCAUCCUGAAGAGGAUGCUGAUGAUGCAGAGGCACACUAAGGAAUCAGACCAAGUGAAGAGGAUAAAUAGCAUGAAGGAAGAUGAACUGUCCAACUGCCAUGCACUGGAAUGGAAGAGGCUGCCGAAGAUUUUGAAGUCGGACGCCAAGACGAGGGCCCUCAUGUAUCGUGAGAGUAUCAGGAUCAGCGUCAUCAACAUCACAUUGGAGGAAGAGAAGGAAAAAUUAAAGCAGUUUGAUGAAAUGGAGAAGAAGAGAGCGAGAGAAGAGAGGACGAGGAUAGAGAAGAAGCACAAGAGGCAGAUGGAUGAUCUGAAGAAUAAGAAUAUGUAUCUACUGAAGGAGCUCGAGCAAGUUCAUCAAUUGGAAGACCUGUUUGCCAGUCAGUUGCAAGAGCAGGAAAAAUUACUCGAUGUAAAAGAUUAUGCAUCAGCUUCAAACAUCGCCAACUCAGCCAGCCUCACGCCUCUCAUGCGCACAAAAUUCCACCACAAACUUUCGAUCUUCGGUAACAGUGACGUCAUUGCCGACGAAAGCAUCAUGGCGGACGGAGGCGAAUUGAAUAAUAGAAUGAGUUUUCAGAGGAACUCGAAGAGAGGAUCCGGUGUUUUUGGUAACCUGGCUGAUAAGUUUCGCGAUCAGGGUAGCAGGUCGUCAUUGUCGACCAGUAAACUGUCGCAACAGCUACCAACGUUGUCUGUCGCUACUGGUUCUGUGGAAGUUGAUCUGUCGGCUGCUGGUGUGGCUGGCGAUGGGGCGGUCCAUAAAAAUGUCGAAGGGGUGAGUGCGGAUGCUAGGGCAGAAGGCAUUGAAGCUAGAGCUGUUGAUCAGAAGUCGGCUGUUGAGGUUGCUGUCAGAAAGGAGGUAUGUAACAAGGGUGACGUUGGUGGUACCGCUGCUGUGGAAGGAAAGAAUGCGGAAAAAUUCGUUGGUGGUGAGGAAAAAUUGGUUGGAGAUGUUGAAAAAAUUGUCCUGGUUAUUGAGGAGAUUGAAGAUAAAGUUGAGAAGAAAGUGGAGGCUGGAAAUGUGUCAGUUGAGGGUUUUGAUGAUAAGUUGUCGAUCGACCUGGAGUGCUUGGAUGUCGAGCCAGCCCUUCAACAACCGCAACCACCGACUGACGCGCUGCAGACAAAUCUUGCACAACUUGCUGAUCAUGCUGAGAGACAUUCACGAGAAGAAACAACCGCUGAGAACUGUGUAACAAAUGAAACGCAACUACAACAACCACAACAGCAACAUGAAUUCGACAUACCAGUUAUCGAGAUAAUAGGCAUAGAUAGGAAGCCUCACCAAUGCGUUGACGUCAAUUUUAAUGAAGUUUCAUUGAAAACUGGUGAAAACCUUGAUGAAAAUUCUAGAAAUGUUUCUGAUGUUGGUGUAAAAAAUACUGAAGAUGAUGAAAACUACGGAGUUGCUGUUGAAAAUGACGGGCUUCGUGAUGUUGCUGGCGAGGAAUCGAUUGAGAAACAUCUGAAUUCAAUAGAGACAUCGAACUUGCUCGCUGAUCUGCAAAGUAUUCACGAUGAUGGUGACGACGAUGUUGAGGUGAUAUCUAAACAAGAAUGUGAUGCUGGAGAAAUCAUCGUAGGUACUCUUACAGAUGAUGUCCUUGUUGAAAAAUUACUAGAACAGAUGAGUGGCGAUGAAGAAGGCAGUCUACAGCAGCGACAACAUGGCGCACAACAUCCAAUCUGUUUGGACUUAGAAAUCAACAACAGCAACAAACAACAACAGAGCAACAAAGUUGAGGAAAAUGUUGACCAGCAGACUCCUAGCUCGAUUUCUGACAGCGGUUUCGAGAUGUCGACUUCUCAGAGUUUUGAAACAACAACAACACCGGAGCUUGUUGAGAAGGAUAUUCUGUCGAAAGAUGGCGGCGAUCACGUCAUUUCAACGUCACAACAACAACCACAACUCGAUAGUGCAACAAAAAAUGUUGAGAGCAUUCCAACAGAAUUCAAGAUUUCAAAUGUACAAUCUCUACAAUCUGAUCAAUCUGAAAUACCACAUCUUUCUUCACCAUCACCUACUACUACAACUAACGAUUCUGUCAAUGUUGACGCUGUUACUACUGCCACUGCAGCUGCUUCAACUGCUACUACAGCAGCUACUACUACAGCUGCUACAGAAACAUCUGAAGAGAUGAGUAACAGAGUUGAAAAGAAACUGCCAGACUUAGAAACUGACAGACCACAACAGCAAAGAACUGAAGAUGAAGAAAUUGGAAAGAAUGACAACAACAACAACGACGACGACGACGAUAUUGUCGAUGUUGAGGACGUUGUGGUUGAGACAGUUGCUAUCGACAGCCACAAUGAAACGACGACAACAACAACAACAACGACUCAAACAACAACAACGACAUCGCAACAAGAUGAAGAUGAUGAUGAGAAAGUGAUUGAAAAUGAAUUAGAGGAUAAAAGUGAAAUCGAUUGUGACAACAACGAUUGCAAAGACACGGAAAAAAUCAUUGGUGGUGAUGAUGAUAGCAACAACAACAACAACAAUAACAACAAUAAUAAUAACAACAACAAUAGUAGUAGUUCUAAUGAUGAUAAAAAUGAUGAUGAAGACCAAACCACCGAAUCAUCAACUUCAACAUUAUCACAUUGUAUCCAAGAGUUAAUAGAUCCCAAUUCUGGUAUCACUCCAGCUGAUAGUAAUGAUAUCAUCGUUCUAGAUAAUAAUAAUAAUAAUAAUAGUAAUAAUAAUAAUAAUAAAAAUGAUGAUGAUGAUGAUUGUAAGAAUGAUAAUAUUAAUGAUGAUGGUGAUAGCAAGAAGGUUGAUGAUCAUGGCGAUGAAGAUGAUGAGAAUAUUAACGAGUCAUCAGUGUAA